GGAUAAGUACCACUUGCUUAUAUAUAAUUCAUUACCUUCAGUUGUUCAGGCCACGUCCAAGGCCAAACUCUUCCUUGCUUUCCAUCACACAACGUUGAUCGAUCAGCCUGGGAAAAGUAAGGCUAAUCUGCAACCAUGCCUGCAAUCGUUAUUUCAGAAUCUGGAGGCGGACAUGACUUCCCCGCCAAGCUUACAGGGCAGGUUGUCGUUUGUAGUGUUAUCGCCGCCUUUGGAGGUCUUAUGUUUGGCUACGAUAUUGGCAUCUCCGGGGGAGUGACUUCAAUGGAUGAUUUCUUGAUUAAAUUCUUUCCUGUUGUUUAUGCAAAGAAGCAUCGAGCCAAGGAAAACAACUACUGCAAGUACGAUAAUCAGUAUCUCCAGCUCUUUACUUCUUCACUCUACCUUGCAGCCAUCGUGGCUUCGUUUUUUGCAUCCAUGGCUUGCAAGAAGUUUGGCCGGAAACCAGCAAUCCAAGCAGCCUCCGUUUUCUUUGUUGCCGGAGCCAUUUUAAACACUGUUGCCAAAGAUCUACUGAUGUUGAUCUUAGGCAGGUUGUUUCUUGGCUUUGGAGUUGGGUUUGGUAACCAGGCAGUACCGUUGUUUAUAUCAGAAAUCGCUCCGGCCAAGUACAGGGGAGGCCUGAACAUCUGCUUUCAGUUGCUUAUCACGGUCGGCAUUCUGUGCGCAAACAUUAUUAAUUAUUUCACAUCAAACAUACACCCAUACGGCUGGAGAGUGUCGCUAGGGGGUGCUGCGGUGCCUGCCAUAAUUCUUCUCGUUGGAUCCAUCAUCAUCGUCGAGACGCCCACCAGCCUAAUCGAGCGUGGGAAGGAAGACCAAGGCUUGAAAACUCUGAGGAAGAUUAGGGGCGUGGAAGAUGUAGAGAAAGAAUUCAACGAACUCGUGCACGCCACUGAAUUGGCCAAACAAGCCAAGCACGCCUACAGAAAUCUCAUGAAACGCAAUAGCAGGCCUCAGCUCAUUUGUGCUGCGCUUCUUCAGGUCUUCCAGCAGUUCACAGGAAUCAACGUCAUCAUGUUUUAUGCACCAGUACUGUUUCAGACCAUGGGAUUCAAGAGCGAUGCAUCGUUGUUAUCUGCCGUCGUUACCGGUUUGGUUAACGUGUUAUCCACAUUGGUUGCAGUUUUCUCGGUUGACAAAAUCGGGAGGAGGAAAUUGCUCAUCGAAGCUGCCGUUCAAAUGCUUGUAGCCCAGUCUGUAAUGGGAGCGAUACUUGCUGUCUAUUUGAAAGCUACAAAUGAGAUGCCAAGCAAUUAUGCAAUAUUCGUGGUGUUCUUGGUCUGUCUCUUCGUGUCCGGUUUUGCAUGGUCUUGGGGUCCCUUGGGUUGGCUAAUUCCUAGUGAAAUCUUCCCACUCGAGACUCGAAGUGCUGGGUUCUUCUUUGCUGUCAGCACCAACAUGCUUUUCACCUUCCUCAUUGCUCAAGCAUUCCUCACAAUGCUGUGCCAAAUGCGGUCUGGGAUCUUCUUCUUCUUCGUGGCAUGGAUUGUUGUGAUGGGUUCCUUUGCCAUCUUCCUGCUACCUGAAACAAAGGGAGUUCCCAUUGAUGAGAUGAAUGAAAGAGUGUGGAAGAAGCAUUGGUUCUGGAAGAGGUACUUCGAUGACGAUGACAGAGAGAUGCAGGCUAAAGCAGAUCAGGAAAAGCAACUGGCCUGAUCAAGAUUAUUCUUUUAGCUCCCUUUAAUUUGGUACAGACUUAUAGUACGGACAUCGUCCUUAGUUUGAGAUGAGUUUUAAAAUCACUUCAUAUUUUCUGCUAAAUAUUUGUGCUUGAUGAUCUGAAGCAAAAUUCAUAAAUAGUAGACAAUAAUUUUAUCCGAAUUACUAUUAAAAAUGAAAAGUUUUUCUAUUA